UCUUCAUGAUAAAGAAAUUGCGUGGAAUGAGAUAUGCAAGCAAUUACAACGAAGCCUCAAUGAUUUCGCAAGAGCGUACAUUACAACAAUUGAAAAAGUUGUGGACUAACUUAAAACAGACUCAGAGAGAAUUGUUAACCAAAGAAAAACAGGCUCGUUUUGCAACUAGUGGUGGUCCACCACCUCCAGAGAUAAAUAUUGAUCCCGAUAUAGCCACAAUAGCACCACAUCUCAUGACAACAGCUCCUGUUAUUUUUACAUCAAAUAUGACAGAAAGUGAAAUUGAUGAAAAGAGCGAAGAUAUUUUUCAUAUUUUACAAAAUGAUACAGAAAAAGAUAAUAAUAUUAUACUAAUUGAUGAAAUUAAUGACGAAGUACAAAAAGGUGAAAGAAUAACUGAAAAGACUGUAGACAAAGAGAAUCAAAAGAUUGACGUUUUAAAUAAAGGUUUCUUUUACCGAUUCCACGUACUACCGAUGCCACAGAAACAUCAAAAAACGAAUUCCCAUUUGCAAGCACCUAUAGGUGAAAUCUGCUUCAAGCGCACCAUGAUGGUACAAAAAUGA